UUUUUUUUUAUAAUAAUAAGGAGAAGGAUAAAAGUAGAGAGUCGACUGGACUGUGCAAAUUGAAGCGUAUUCAUAUUGUUAAAUUUUGGUAUAGCUUAAGUGGGCUAUCUAAGGCUAAGAACUAGCAACCUCGCUACAUUGUACAAUUUUUGGAGGACCAAAGUAAAGGACUUUUUAUGUUUUGGACAUUACUAGCUCGAUUAUACCACAUGAGUUGACAUUGGUCAUGGGGAAAUCUAAGCAGACGGGCAACCACAAAAGUGACAAGAAGAAGAACAUUGCCAAGACGUGGAAGACGAAACGUCGAACAAAGGACCUCGAUCAGAUUCACGAUGACAUGAAACCUGACAAUGCAGCCAGGUUGCUUAAACAGGAGCCAGACUAUGAUGUCACGGGGUGCGCUCAGUUCUACUGCCUGCAUUGCGCGCGAUAUUUUGUAGAUUUGAAAACCAUGAAGGAGCACUUCAAGACCAAAGUACACAAAAAACGGCUGAAGGAGCUGCGGGUGGAGCCGUACACCCAGGCGGAGGCUGAGAGGGCAGCAGGAAUGGGCUCCUACGUCCCCCCCCAAAGCGUGCAUGUGCAGACGCAGCCUGUGGAGGAGGAGAUGAGCUGACUGCACGGGGGCCGGGCUUCUGCCCCCUCCGGGCCUGUGAUGCGACCAAGGGGGGAGGCGGUAGCUCCCUCUAUCCCUCCCAGGGGGCUUUUAUGGUGCGACAGAAACGCUGUCUGCGUAUUUAUGUACACGCAUGUAAAUAUAACAGGUUUGUGUAUAAUCUGUGUACAGUGGCCUACAGGCAUAAUAAAGGUCUGAACGCUUA